UCUCAACACCAACCAGGUGUGGUUGUUGCCAUUAAUUGAAACAAAAGCAAACAAGAGCAAUGUUUAUUUGAUGUGGAUAAGAAUACCGACGUCGACAAAAAUUCAAUGUACUUGGGUGGGGUGGGGGGCUUGCUUGUCCCAUUGAUCUGAUGUGUUUUGUUGUGAUUGGAAUCGGAACACGUAUGCCCAUCUCCUAUUGGUCCAAAAAUUCAACGUGUGCCAGCUCACCCACCCUCCAUCAACAAAAAUUGAUUUGAGAUUUCUUCUUCUACUUGUUGUUCUUCUUCAACACCCAGCCAGCCAGCCAGCCUUGUCCGAUCUUUGAUUUGGAGCAAUGAUUCGUUGGUUAAUCGUGUUCCUGUUACUAAGUCCAACAACAUCCAUGUCGGAACUGUCAGCUAAGAGAAGACGACGCAUGAGUGACAAGGUUCGCAAGAUGUUUUAUCAUGCUUAUGACAACUACAUGACAUACGCAUUUCCGCAUGAUGAAUUAAAACCUAUGACCAAAAGUUUCACCAACUCCCUUAGUGAACUUGGGAAUUUAAAGCUUGAAAACUUACCCCAAGAAUAUAAUGGAACCGCACUUACACUUGUUGAAUCAUUGUCCAGUCUUGUAAUAUUGGGUAACAACACAGAGUUUGAGAAGGCGGUUAUGUGGCUUUCAGAAAAUCUAUCAUUUGAUGUUGAUGCAAGGAUAAAUCUUUUUGAGUGCAACAUAAGACUUCUUGGAGGACUUGUGUCUGCUCAUAUUCUUGCAACUGAUUCUACAAACAGGUUCAUUCAAGGAACUUACAACAAUCAACUCCUUGUGUUGGCUCAAGACUUAGGGCAGCGUUUUUUACCAGCUUUUAAUACACCCACCGGUUUGCCUUAUGCCUGGAUUAACCUCAAGUAUGGCGUUAUGGAGAAUGAGACAACCGAAACAAGCACUUCUGGCUGUGGAUCACUUAUUCUUGAAAUGGGAGCAUUAUCACGAUUAACGGGUGAUGCAAGAUUUGAACACGCAGCUUUGAAUGCUCUUCACAAGUUGUGGGGCAUGCGGAGUUCUCUGAACCUUUUAGGAACUACACUUGAUGUAGUAACUGGAGAAUGGAUUGAAUACUCUUCCGGCAUUGGUGCUGGGGUUGAUUCUUUUUAUGAGUAUUUAAUCAAAGCUCACAUUCUCUUUGGAAAGGAGGAAUUUUGGAGGAUGUUUCAAUCUGCGUAUCUUGCUGUGCAGAAAUAUUUCAGAUACGGUUCAUGGUAUCAUGAAGCCGAUAUGAGGACCGGAAGAGCAACUUACUGGCAACUUACAAGUCUUCAAGCAUUUUGGCCAGGUUUACAGGUUCUUGUCGGGGAUGUUGCAGCAGCUAACUUAACACAUCGUGAAUUUUUUUAUGUAUGGAAAAAGUUUGGUGUGCUUCCAGAAAGAUAUCUGUUGGAUCAUCAGAUUGUGCACCCUACAGAGAAAUAUUAUCCUUUACGUCCGGAGUUGGCAGAGUCUACAUAUUACUUGUAUCAAGCAACAAAAGACCCCUGGUACAUGGAAGUUGGUGAAGCGAUUGUGAACUCCCUUAAUUUACACACAAAAGUUGAAGGUGGAUUUGCAAGCGUUAGAGAUGUAACAACCAUGCAAUUAGAAGAUCACCAGCAUAGUUUCUUCCUGGCUGAAACGUGCAAGUACCUGUAUCUUCUGUUUGAUGAUUCACCUUUGGUGGGUCGCAAUUAUAUAUUCACUACCGAAGGUCAUCCCCUUCCUGUUUUAAGUGAUUGGCAUGAAAGGCUUCCUGAUACAUACACCCCCCAUAACCUGACCUCUAUCAAGAUUAACACACAAAAGAAACAAGCGAGCGCAAUGUCUAUGCAAGUCUGCCCAGCAAAUUUAUUGAAUCCCAGACAUGAUGAUGGUCAAGAGAUUGAGAGUGUUUGCCAUGUCCCUGACGCGCGUGAUGAUCACAGAUGUUUAACCGAUGAUGAUUGUGGAAUUGAUUCAACUAAUUGUAGACGUAGAUCGUGCAGCAGUGCUGGGUACUGUGGUUUGUGGUUGUUCAUAUGACUUUCAAGAUUCAUAUUUUGGUAGUAGUAGUAGUAGUAGUCUUGAAAGUAUGCGAGAGUUUGAUUAUAUAUAAUAGGAAAGACGUUAACCUUUGAGAGGCGGUGAACAUUUUAUUAUAGAUAUCCAAUCGGAAGUAAUAUACAAAUCAAUCUGUUUUCUUGCU